GUUCUUCCUCUUUAUCCACCGGGUAAGAUGGCGGCUCCAGGUUCAGCGUUGCUGUCCGUCGUGUCUCAGGCGGCUCUGCACGGGCCUGUGGUUAAGGUGCAUCCCGUGGUGUUGGCGUCUAUCGUGGACAGUUACGAGCGGCGGAAUGAAGGCGCUGCCCGGGUUAUUGGGACCCUACUGGGUACAGCAGACAAGCACUCCAUAGAGGUCACCAACUGCUUCUCCGUCCCCCACAAUGAAUCCGAGGACGAGGUGGCUGUUGACAUGGAGUUUGCCAAAAACAUGUAUGAACUUCACAAGAAGGUGUCUUCUGCCGAGCAGAUUCUGGGCUGGUAUGCCACCGGAAACGACAUCACAGAGCAUUCCGUGCUCAUCCACGAGUAUUACAGCCGUGAAGCCAAUAACCCCAUUCAUUUGACGGUGGACACCAGCUUACAGGCGGGGCGGAUGAACAUCAAAGCCUACAUUAGCACGCCAAUGGGUGUUCCAGGAAAAACCAUGGGGGUCAUGUUCACCCCGCUUACUGUACAGUACAUCUAUUAUGACACCGAGCGGAUCGGAGUUGACCUGAUAACCAAAACCUGCUCCAGUGCAAACCGCUCAGUUGGCCUAACAUCUGAUCUGCAACAGGUGGCGUCGGCUGCCAACAAGUUACAGGAUUCCCUUAGCACGGUGAUCCAGUAUGCCGAGGAUGUCCUGUCUGGAAAAAUUGCUGCUGACAACACGGUGGGACGUUUCCUGAUGGAUCUGGUGAACCAAGUGCCUAAAAUCGCUCCAGAGGAUUUCGAAACCAUGCUUAACAGUAACAUUAACGAUCUGCUGAUGGUCACCUAUCUGGCAAAUCUUACCCAGGCACAGAUCGCUCUUAACGAGAAGCUUCUCAACUUGUGAUGGAUGCGCCACCAGGAGUGUCCUUCAGUGGCUUGAAGGCUUCUAUUAAAAAAAAAAAAAAAAGAAAAAAGUGGCUUGGAAGUUUCUUUUUUUUUUUUGUGCACUAAUAUUGCAGAUAUUGAUUCCAACAUAAAAGUAUGGCUUUUCAAAGAA